AUGAUUCUUGAACUAGUCACUAGUUGGCCAAGAUUAGUCGGACUAAAUCUUGCGCAUAUUCCUGAAACGCUAAAUGUUGAACAACUUAAAAUCAUCGCAGAAUUAAAAAAUCUUCGGUAUUUAAAUAUCUUCGGCCAGGCCUUCGUAGAUACCGACUUGCUGAAAUCACUAGCAGCAUUACCAAAGUUGGAGAAUCUGGUAAUAACAAACACUGGAUAUUCUGAAUGCUGCUGGGAAAAUUUGUGGCAUUAUCACAAUUCAGACGGCUUAAUCGUUUCGCCCUUACGAGUUCUUGCUGUUAAUGGUGCUGCCUUCAAGGACGCCAGUUUGUUGGCUGUCGCCAAACUUUUCCCCAAUCUUCGGGUUCUAAACUUCCGUGAUACAGAAGUAACUGGGCUUUAUCCUUCAAUUGGCGAAGUGGGCCCAUUACAGAAACUUCGGUUCGUAGCAUGUUCGUUCAAACUUGUCGAAUUCCCUCAAUUUCUAGUGCCGAAGAUAACUCCGAGUGAGACAGAGUGGGGUUUAAUUCAGAUCGAUGUGCGGAGUUGUAACCAAUUAAACAUUGAAAAAUUUUUGGAUCAAAUUAAGGGUCAACCAAUGCAAUGCAUUAGAGGUUUUACAGCACUUUCGUCAGUGAAAUGGAAAGACAUUCAGAGACUUUCAGAAAUUGGUUUUCCUCUUAAGGAGCUUGAUUUGAGCUUCUUUACUUCUUUUCCCGUUCUUAAACUAGCUAGAAUAAUUCAAAUAUUGUCUAAAAGCUUAUGCAAGCUUAAAUUGCCAGCAAAUAAAUUUGAGGCUGUUAAUAAUCGGUUCACUGAUGAAUUGGCUUCCAGCAUUCUUAUGGCCAAGAACCUCCAGGAAAUUGAUAUCGGUACUACGUUGAGAGUGUUCUCUGUGCGACAACUCAUUCGUAUUGUUUUGGGGCUACCAGCACUGGAGCGUAUCGUUGCUGGGGAUCUGACGUGUGUGAUCAUUGUAGAAGAACAAGAAACUGAGCUGAAAAAGAAAUUGCCUCCAAGGUGCCUUUUAAGGAUUGUGAAGAAUACGGAAGAUUCUUAA